GACAGGAAAUAUGAAAAGAGCCGGGCAGAACCCAAACAGCCCCGCUGGCCAGGCCGAGCAGCAGGGAGCAGAGCAAAGGCUUUGCUUGGCUCAUCCAUCCACCCACCCGUGAUUUCCCAGGGCUUUGGAAGCUGCAGCUCCGCCGCUCACAGUGGGAUGGGUCGGUUGCAAAAGAUUCUCAUUCCCUCUCUGGGAUUGGUUUUGGCCUUCUGGUUCUACUCUGCGAGGGACACUUUCAAACCGGAGAUGCUGCGGGGGAAGCGGGUGAUCGUGACGGGAGCCAGCACAGGGAUCGGGGAGCAGAUGGCUUAUCACCUGGCACGGAUGGGCUCCCACAUCCUCGUCACAGCACGGACAGAGGCCAAGCUGCAGAACGUGGUGCGGCGCUGCCUGGAGCUGGGAGCAGCCUCGGCUCGCUUCGUCAGCGGCACCAUGGAGGACACCGCCUUCGCCCAGCGCGUGGUGAGGGAGGCACAGACCUCGCUGGGAGGCCUUGACAUGCUGAUUCUUAACCACGUUGGUGCAUCCUACUUUGGCUUUUUUGAUGGGGAUGUGGAGCACGUCCGCAAGCUCCUGGAAAUCAACUUCCUCAGCUACGUGGCCAUGACCACGUCAGCCCUGCCCAUGCUGAAGGAGAGCGAGGGCAGCAUUGUGGUGGUUUCAUCCAUGGCAGGUAAAGUCGGGUUUCCCUUUACCGUCCCCUACUCUGCGACUAAGUUUGCCCUGGAUGGAUUUUUCAGCUCCCUGAGGCAGGAAUUCGCCAUUCAGAGCAUUAAUGUUUCCAUCACGCUCUGCAUCCUCGGCUUCAUCGACACCGGUAAGAGCAGCGCCGCUCUACCCGUGCUGAGCAUCCCCGCCCCGGCUCCUCCCCCUGCCCUCCGCCCCUCAUCCUUUCACCUCUGCUGCAGCAUCUCUGGGGGAUCCCACCUCUCUGCCACCAAAAAAAACAUCUUCUGAAGUCACUCACUUCCCCGUGCCGCGUAAAACCGGGCACUGCUUACAGGCUGGCACAGCCCCACACCGCCUCGGGUGCCCACCCUUCCUUCAUCCUCCGGGGGUGCUCCCUGACCCCGCAUCCCUGGAGGUCUCCGCUCUCCCCGCAUCCUCCGGAGGUCCCCGCUCUCCUCGCAUCCUCUGGGGGGGGGUCCCCGCUGGUCCCACAUCCCCCGGGGAUGCUCCCUGGCCCCGCACACCCCGGGAGUGCCCGCACUCCCCGGGGAUCCCCGCUGGCCCCGCAUCCUCCGGAGGUUCCCUCUCUCUUCUAAUCCCG